UACUGGGAAAAACGCAGCGUUUUGGUUGAAACCCGCCAGGCAAAACGGUGUAGUCCUACUGCACUCGUUGGCUUUCCAUUUUCAUCCCUCAAACUCUGAGAGCGCAAUCCAGAGCGACCAAGUGAGCAGGAUGGCGGCUGUUUCGCAGUCCGUGGCAACAUGUUCAGGUUUGAUUCAUCAUCCAGGUAGUGCUAAACUACCAUUUGGGAAUAAGGGGACCAAGAUCACUAAUCACAGUGCCGUUUCAGUAACAUGUAGAAGGACUCGUAGAGCAGGGAUUCAAUGUUUGGCUGUACGUCGGGUUGGCACCACAUAUGCUGCGUCUGUGGGAAAGGAUCAUCAUCAGUUGAGUGUUGAUGAUGGAGUACCUCAGGAGCCCUUCCUUCUGAGUCUUUUCAAAGAAACAGUGUGGUCUUUGAGAUCAUUAUUCGUUUUUCUGCUUGAGCAGCCAAGUCAGCUGAAGUACAUUGAAUGGCCAGGUUUCCGUAGUACGCUGAAGACUGCGACUCUCACUCUUGUUCUUGUGGCAUUGCUCAUUGUAGCACUUUCAUCAACUGACUCUGCCUUCAGCUAUUUGUUGGCUUUGAUUCUCAGGAGUAAACCAUAAUAAAAUAUUAUUACGAGAAGUAUGAACAAGAUCAUCUGUCGGAGAUGUAACUUUUUCAUGCCUUUGUUACUUUCAUGCAACAUUAGAAAUAGCUGCCUCCUUUGAAGUGUUAGUUAUCUGUUAUUUAAACAACAGCCUAGUCAAAUGAUGUAGAGUACCUUUCCGCAUAUUCUGCACAUAUCAAAUUUGUUCUUGGUUC